AUGAGCAAGACAAUUAAUCUUGUUUUCAAGGACGUUAUUCGUAGAAGAAACAAGCAAGCCUUGGCUUUGGUGCCAAAGGAACUCCAAGAUGCCUAUCUUGAACACUGGGGCAAGUGGACCCACGAUAACGUUCCAACACCAGACCAAACGAUCGACAAGGAAUGGAUUGCCAAGAAAUACAACAUCUCCACUAAACCUGUUCCAGCUAAUGCUUCUCACGUAAAGUUUGCUUCACCUUUCGGUAAUGCCGAAGAGAAGCGUAUGAAUUCUCUCAUCACAUACGAAAAAGAGUUGCAAAGAGUUUUCAAAAUCCAAGAUGAAGGCCAUAACCUUCUUGACGUUCACCCUGUCUUCACAGCAAGAAAGUACAGUGUUUGGGCCUAUUCAUUGUUCUUCUUGUUGGUUCCAAUCGGCAUCUUUGUUGCCAUCUUCAACCAAAAUCCAAUCUACAAUGCUCUCUUUGCUGGUACUGUAUGGGCUCAAAAGAAGACUGAUAAGAAGCCAUGGGAUAGCGUUGAAGUUGAAACAACCUUUGAUAAGCAAUCUAACCUCAUUGUCAAAAGAAUCUAA